AUGGCUGAAGCGAUCAACGCAAACCCCACCGUCUUCGACGUGUCGGAGCUCCCCACACGAUUAGCCACUCAUGACGAUAAAGGUGUUGAGCACCGCAACCAGCAGUUUUUGAAGAACAUGGCCCAGUUGACGCUUGGCCCCGUGAACGGGUCUCUCGAUGCCCCCCUCACUGCCCCUGGUCUCAGCGAUGACGAUAGCGAUAGUGACGGUGACGACGCUAAAGAGACUAUUGACGAACAGGAAAUCUUCGACUUGAUCCUGCUGAUCUCUGACCCUGAACACCCGCUUUCGUUAGCUCAGUUAGCUGUGGUCAACCUCCAGGAUAUCAAGGUUACCCACGGUACCAUUUCCGAAGUGCUUAUUAAGAUUACUCCCACCAUCACCCACUGCUCGUUGGCGACGUUAAUUGGUCUUGGCAUCAGAGUCCGGCUCGAACGGUGCUUGCCACCUCGGUUCAGAAUCCGUAUUCUUAUUAAGGAAGGCACUCAUCAACUGGAGAACCAGGUGAACAAACAGUUGAACGAUAAGGAACGGGUGGCUGCUGCUUGUGAGAAUAACCAGUUGUUGUCGGUGAUCAGCCAGAUGCUUUCCACCUGCAAGUAA